AUGCAUCUUUCCGCCCUCCUCCUUCUCAGCGCCUCUCUAGCUUCGGCACAAUUCGGCCCAAGCCCAGAGGAACUAGAAUACCUCAAAAACAUCAACGGAGGCCAGGACAACGACCAAACCCAGAAUCAGAAUCAGGGCCAAAACUACAACCCCAACGGAAAUAUCAAUUAUGGCAAUUAUGACGAUGAAUACGACAACUAUCAAGACACCAUCCCAAGUCCCCACACCCCAAUCGAAGCCCCAGCUUCAUCGCCAACCCCUCUGACCCACAGCACAUUCGUGGUGCGACCUUCCCAAACAGCCGUUGCUCCGUCUCAAGCCCAGGCCCCGGCUCCCGGGUACGCUUACAAUUACCCAAGCCCGGCUGCCUCGAAGCCAUUUGCUACACCGGUCCACGAGGCCCCAGCUCCUCAAGUCCCGGAAUCCGCACCCCAGGAGCAAUCCUGGGACUCCUCUCGGUACCAUGCACCCCCCGUGAGCCCAGAGGGUGAGGACGUCUCGGCUGGAGCAUCGGGCGGUAUUGCACCAAUUGACCCGCUACGACCUGAUUCGAACGUCGCGCCUCCUCCUCUCUUCACUAGCCCGAAGCAUGGAAAGGAUGAGGGGAAUACUUUCUGUGUGGGGAAGUGUUUUGCGGAUGAGAGUGAUGCGAAGUGUGCGAAGCCUUAUGGGCUGGGUAUAGAUGUUGGAGUUAUUGGCCUGUGA